AUGGCGUCGGCGUCGUUCGACUUCGAGUUCGGCGGCCGCGGCGGCGGCGUCGCGCGCGCCGCCGCGGGCGCGCUCGACGAGGACGACGACCGCGCGGAGGAUCUCGCGCUCGCGGCGUUCCCUCUGACGCAGAUGACGCUCGGGGUGUGGAAGGCGAGAGCGCACGGCGGCCUGCGGUUCCUCCUCGCGCGACGGUCGUUCGUGUUCGUCGUCUUCCGCCGCCGCCGCGCGGUCUCCAGGCUCGCGCGCGCGAGCGACUUCGCGCUGAACCUCGUGAACAAGGCGAUGCCGAGCUCGCGCCUCGUGACGUCGCGCGUGCCGACCUCGCCGUUCAAUCUCGAGAGGACGUCGUCGUCGAGCGCGUCCGCGUCGGAGGCGGCCGCGGCGUCGGCGAGCACCCCGCGCGCGGACGCGGCGGUCCCGGGGACGCCGACGGACGACGCGGCGGUCACCGGCGGCACGCCGUCGUUCGUCGCCGGCGUCGGGUUCACGCCGCCGAGGGGCGCGCGUCAACAUCAACAUCAACGCUCGACGACCAACCACCUCGUGCUGACGUUCGAGGUGAAGUUCGAAGACCUCGUCGGGAUGGACUACAAGAACCCGCUGUGCGAGGACGGGCGCGUCGCGAUCGAGGCGCGCGCGGUGACGAAGCGCGCGUUCGCGGACUACGACGCCGCGAUCGCGUUUUUCGAGGCGCGAGACCGCCGGGCCGACGGCGGCGAAACGAAUCGAAACGCGCGCGGAUUUUUCGACGCGAGCGGCGGCGCGGGGUCCGCGGUCCCGGUCCGGGGUUCGUCGGGGAGGCGGUCGGGCGAUCGCGAUCGCGCCGCGCGUCGACGACUCGGCGGUGGGAGCGGUGGGAGUGGGAGCGGGGGCCUCCGCGCGCGGGAGAGGGAGCGAACGCCGCCGCCGGCCGCGGAGGAGGAGGAGGAGGAGGAGGAGGAGGACGACGAUGACCGCGGCGGCGGCGGCGGCGUCGCGCGGAAGCGCUCGCGCGGCGUCCUCGAGCCGUCGUUCGCGGCCGUCGACACGAAGAAACCGUUCAUGCCGUUCGCGGUGAAGCCGCCGGCGGAGGGGAUGGAAGACGGCGCGUCGACCGACGCGGCCGCGGCCGCGGCCGCGUCGCCGCCGAAGACGCCGCGGGAGGACAUCUUGCGUCGACGCCUCACGGUGGACACAAAGACGAAGCGCGCGACGCCGCCGAUACCGGAAACGGCGUCGGACGGCAAUUUUGUGUCGGACACCACGAUGUCGGACACCACGCCUGCCGCUCGGAUAUCGCACACGCCGCCGUUCGACACCCCCGCGGGGUACCGAAACGACGGCAAUAACGCGGGGAAGGCGGCGUCGCGGCGCGCGCGCGUCGGGUAUAGCCCGGAGGCGUCGCGGUUCAAACCCGCCGCCGUGGGCGGCGAUAACGACUCGUCGCGCGCGUCGUCGUCGUCGCGCGCGUCGACGACCGCCCCGGCCACCGCGUCGUGUGUGUUCUUACACCGCACGAUCAUCGCGUGCUUCGACGACCCGGACCUCCCGGCGGCGCUGCGACGCAAAGUCACGUCGCGUCAGCGCCUCUUGCGUCUCUACGAGAGCGGUCUCCCGCCGUGGGCGCUCCUGCUCCCGUCGUUCGGGUUCUACUAUCGCCCGUACCUGCGCGGCGUCGCGCGCGCGCUGUUCGUGCUCGUCUCCGUCUUGUCCAUGCUCGCGGGGUUCUACGACCUGUACAAGAACAUCCCAGGGUUCGGCGCGGUGCUGACGCGCGCGCUCGGGCCGUUCGUGACGUUUCUGGAGACGCACGCGUCGACGCGUCUCGCCGUGCUCGCGUCGUAUUUGUUCACUCAGGCACGUUCUAUACACUGGUCCCCAUACGACCGCGUUCGCGUGGUGAACGCCGAUCCUUAA